AUGUACAGUACAGUCCUUCCAAAGUCUAUUCUGUUCUAAAUAUUUGUGCUCUUUCCAGAAUCCGCAGACGCAUGGGUGUUUCCUUUAAUACAGAUGGGCGAAUUCAAUAUCUUCCAAGAUGAGUAUGUUACGCACCGCAUCCUUGCCACAGUACCUAAAAGCUCCUACCUCAGAUUAGCUACUGGGUAUUUCAACUUGACCGAUCAGUACGCUACAGCUCUGCUGAAGGAAUGCAAAGCUAAUAUAAGCUUGCUGAUGGCGCAUCCGAAUGCUAAUGGAUUUCUUGGAGCUUCUGGUCCAGCAGGGGGCAUUCCACAUGCAUACUCUUUAAUAGCUAAAAAAUUCUGGGAGAAAGUUGUAGAGUCAAACCAGGCAAGCAGAGUGCAGCUUUUAGAGUAUGAAAGGCCAGGGUGGACAUUCCAUGCUAAAGGACUCUGGUACUAUCCUCCUGGAAGUGGAGUGCCAUGGGGGACUAUAGUAGGCUCCGCCAAUCUUGGGGAACGAUCGGUACGCCGAGAUCUUGAAGCACAGGCGGCUAUAUUUACAACGUCGCCAGAACUGCAGAUCCCAAGGUCAUGGCUGACUCAGAGACUCAUUUCCCAUGUGUAACAAUCGCGAAAACCUAAGAACUCGAUAUGACUACUUUAACUCGCUUGAAAAGGUAGGUUAAAGUUGACUACAAUCUAAGUAUUUUUUCACCUUCGUCGUCGCUAAGUUGAGGAAUGUUGAAAACACCAUACCAACACUGCAAAACUCAGCAUGGCAACAGACACUGGUUGGAGUCCAGUCAGUUCGAGGGAAUUUUUCUUAGGUCAGUCGAUAUUUAUGCCAAUAAUAAUAACAAUCUAGUAGAGUACUUCAAUAAUAUUCAAUUAUUGGCGACAAAUCAUUAUUUCCUAUUAAGUAUAAUGUAGUUGUGUUUCUAUAGGUACUUACGUAUUUAAAUACUUUACCUAUAUUUUGGACUGUUUAGAAAAUAACAGUAAAAAGAAAUUUUAUGUGCAUUGAUGACGAAAUAGGUAUGACCGUACUAAGAAAACGUUCAUAAUGUAGGUAGAUGAACUCCCUCAAUCCGAUCACAGAUUAUUAUAUACUUUGAUCAAGGCACAUUAUGUUUUAUACCUUUCGCUAUUGUCAAAUACUUACCUGUCCUAUGCUGAUAAACCUUAUUACACCCGGCCCUUCAUGCAAGCCAGUAAGUUAUAUAACAGAUAGUGUACGCAAAUAUUAUAUCUGAAUCUAUAUAUUGUAAGACACAGCACUAUUUAGAAGAAACUAAUAAUACACUUCUUGUCAAUAAUCCACUCAACUCUUUAUUUUUAGUUGUUCUUAGUCUAGAGGUGUUUAAACCCUUCUUUGCAUGAUUUUUGUGAAAUAAAUUAGGGUGACACGCAAAAUAGGCGCUUUGUCGUCGAGUUGCGGAUACCAGCCCGUUGCACCAAGUACCAAGUACCAAAUUAGGGUGAUCUAAUUCAUGCUCUAGAUUUAGGGGAAAAUGUGCAAAAAAUUCUAGUACUAAUAAAUAUUAUAAAAUAAUCAAAAAACAGUAUGAUGGAAAUUUCCAUCAUCAUGCAAAUUACAUGUUAUAAGCUCAGUACAAAAUAAAUAAAACAACAAAUCUUUGCAUCAUUUUUAUUCUUGAUGAUAAUUAAAAAAACAAUUAUUAUUCUUAUUUAGACAUAAAUUAAUUCCACAUUUACUGCAUGAGAUCGUAGAAUACCCUUUACAUUUUGGGUAUUUACACCGGAGUGACCCACCUACUUUUGGCCAAUGUUCAAAACCAUCUUUCCCUAUGUCUUUUGAAGGUGGAGGAGCUGGAGAUCCUUUUUUUCUUUUUGACAGUAAUUCUUCUUCUAUGGCACUGCUGCUUGGACACCCUCUUUUAGCACCUUUGCUGGUUCCUUUGUUGCAUAACACCAAGGCCAACUCAUUCUUAAAUUGGCCCAAUGUAAGCAGACUCUUCUUUGGUACAUUAAUUUCCUGAGCAUUUUUUCUAUGGACAAUCCAAGCAUUUAUCACUGCAAGAUCCAGUAAAUGAAAAAAAAUACGUAGAUACCACUUUUUAGAUCUCAAAAUUAUGUAGUUUCUUCCCAGGAAGCUAUCCAUAAGGUCAACUCCUCCCAUAUGUUUAUUGUAUUCUUGGACAAUAAAUGGGCAAGGAAUACCAAUUUUUUGUUUUUUUGACUUGUCAUAUCUAGAGGCUUCAGUGACAGGCAAUGCUCCAGCAUAUGUGGAUAACAGGGUUACCACCCUAUUAUCCUUCCAUGCUACACAACUCAUAUCAACACCAUCUACCGUAGAGACUCUUUCCUCAUAACUUCCCCUGGGCACUGAUAUCUUCAUGAAAUCUUUUCGUUCGGGUAAUUUAUUUCUUGGGAUUUUGUUUUGUUGCACAGUUCCUACAGUGUGAACCCCUUGUUUAGCUAAAAAAUAUACUAAUGGUAAUGAGGUAUAAAAAUUAUCAAAAUAAAUGAUGUGAUUGACCAUUCUUGGUACUCCUCGUAUCAAGCGGACUACAACAUUUCCUGUUGCACCAAGAUCUGGUUCACCUGAGAGGUUGUCCGAAUUUUCUUGUCCAGAGUAUAUUUCGAAUUUGUGGGCAUAUCCCAUCAAAUCACAAAGUACAUAUAACGUGAAACUCCAUUUGGGGCUUAUUGGGCAGAUAUUGUUUGAGAAAGUGCCCUACUUUUGUAGCGCACAUCUGUUCAUCCACACAAAGUCUUUGGUCCAUUGGCACUGUGGCAAAUCUCUCGUUGAGGUGCUGGAUUACAGGUCGGAUUUUAUGAAGCCUGUCAUGUUCUGGAUGGCCUACAGGUUUAUGAAGUUCAUUAUUGUUUGUAAUGAUAAUUUUAUCUUCUCAAAUUUAUU